AUGCAGCCAAAAAAUUCAACCAAUAUAUAUCAGUUCUUCCCAACACUGUUGUUCUUCCCUCAAAACAAUAGCACUCACUGCUCCCCUCUUAUAUUUUCAUGGCUGCAGAACCCUGCUCAUCAACCUCCUCCUCCUCCUCAAGCCUCAGAAUCACAGUUGAAAGAAACCCUUCUGAAUCUCGCCUCUCCCAACUGGACAUCAAGUGCUGGCCCAAGGAGGUACCAGCUGAAAUUUGAUGCAGAGGAGACAUGUUAUUUGUUGAAGGGAAGAGUGAAGGCAUAUCCAAAAGGGUCAUCAGAAGCUGUGGAGUUUGGGGCUGGAGACCUUGUCACCAUCCCAAAGGGACUGAGUUGCACUUGGGAUGUAUCUGUGGCCGUUGAUAAACACUACAAAUUCGAAUCAUCAUCAUCUUCUUCUUAG